CAAACCGCUCACAACAUUAAGGGACAGCUCCGGCGUGCUGAAAUCACACGCACAUACCGCUCAGGAGACUACGCGGCAUUGAAACAACUUGGCACACUUAAAAAAAAUGCAAACUACCAUGAAGGGAAUAUCAUCGAAACUUUUCCUGCUCUCUUUUCUGUUUCUGAACGGGACGACCCAAGACGUGGAAAAGACGCAGUUCAUUUGCACCUCCGUGCCGAAGGAUGUAGACUUGUGUUCGGCCGUUGUGCAGAACAGUGGCCCGGUGGAGGAUUUAAAGACUACCGUUAUGCAGCUAAGGGAGACUGUCCUGCAGCAAAAGGAAACGAUUAUGAACCAAAAAGACACGAUCAGGGAGCUGACCUCUAAAUUAGGUCGCUGUGAGAGUCAGUCGGAGCCCGGAGACGGCAGAGCCGGGAGCAGGAGGAAAGAAACGGGGUCCAAAAACACCAUGGGGGACGUGUCCAGAGGUCCGUCCAACACGCUCGCGCAGCUCGAGCAGACCCUACAGUCGCUCAGACAGAGGCUCGAGAAUCUUGAGCAAUUCAGCAGGACCAAUAAUUCAGCUCAAGCAAACAGUCUGAAGGACUUGCUUCAGAAAAAAAUCGACGACCUCGAGAAGCAGGUCCUGUCCCGCGUGAACAGUUUGGAGGAAACCGAAGCAGGUCUGCGGAACGAGACGGAGCAGCGCGGCAAAGUAGAAACGACGCUCACCUCCCUACACCAGAGAAUCACCGACCUGGAAAAAGGUCAGAAAGACAACAGGCCGCUUGAUAAAUUCCAGCUGACAUUUCCUAUGCGAACGAACUACAUGUAUGCGAAAGUGAAGAAGAGCGUGCCGGAGAUGUACGCGUUCACCGUGGCGAUGUGGCUCAAGUCCAACGCCUCGCCCGGCGUGGGCACCGCCUUCUCCUACGCCGUGCCCGGCCAGGCCAACGAGCUGGUGCUCAUCGAGUGGGGCAACAACCCCAUGGAGAUCCUCAUAAACGACAAGGUGGCCAAGCUACCGUUCCUUAUUAACGACGGGAAGUGGCACCACAUCUGUGUCACCUGGACCACGCGGGACGGGGUGUGGGAGGCCUUCCAGGACGGGGUUCUGAGGGGCAACGGAGAAAAUCUGGCUCCCUACCACCCAAUCAAGCCCCAGGGGGUCCUGGUGCUGGGACAAGAGCAGGACACCCUCGGGGGGGGGUUUGACGCCACGCAGGCCUUUGUCGGCGAGAUGGCGAACUUCAACAUCUGGGACAAGAAGCUCUCGGCCGGGGAGGUGUACAGCCUGGCCACGUGCAGCAGCAAGGCGCAGACGGGAAACGUGCUCUCCUGGGCGGAGACCGCCAUCGAGGUCUACGGCGGGGCCUCCAAGUGGACGUUUGAGCCGUGCCUUCAGCUCAACUGAGACGCCCUGCGCUGCGAAGACCAGCGCCCAGAAACGCACCGUCCGGAACUCUGCGUCAAAGGACGCGUGCAAAUAUGGACACGUUUGUGUGGGGAAAAGGGACUGCUCAAUUUUAACUAGAUAUGAAUAAAAUCCAUUUUUGUGGAGAGAAGAUUUUCUUGGAAUAUAAUAGGACAGUAUUAACCUUUGGAAGAGUAGGUUUUUUGGAAUGUUUUUUUUUUCAAAAUCCUAAGUCAGUGUUCUAGAACGCUGUUGCUUUCAGUCACCAGUAGUGAUUGUUACAGCAUUAGAAUGUUCAGUUAAGAACAUUCUAAUCGUAUAUUUGUGAUCUUACUUGAAAGGGUUAAGAGCCAGGGUGUCUUACAGGAGACAUGUUUUGAGAGCUCAAUGCCUGACAGGCAGGCAUUAUUUUCUCUCGGCCUGUCUAUUUUUUUUUUUACGGCAAAGGGAAUUUUAACGAAGCACAUAACACUGUCUGUCUCACUGAUAAAGAGGACCGGACUAGUGGCCAAUGGUGACGUUGUGGUAGUUGACAGGAAAUAAAUAUUUCCCUCAGUGUCAUCACUUCCUGUUCUUCUCCCUUCCUGGGACGUUUGCUACGGACAGCGCAUAACCUGGGCAAGGAACCGUGCUUAAAAUAACAAAUGCAGAGACUUAUUUUCUUCCUGUUCUUGCCGUAUGUUAUUUGCUUAAUGUGUUGCUGUGUUGACAUUUUAACAUCUCAUACAUAAGAUUGCCACUUUAAGAAAGCCUUUAUCUUUGAUUAAAAGGAUGUGUUAUGGAGUCACAAGUUAGGAAGGAUAUGUUUGGAAUUCAACAAGUUUCUGUGAUAAGAAUGACAUUUUAGUGUAUCUAUGUUCAGAAAGAUAUUGAAGUGCAUCUCUACUUAUGAGAAACAUUUCAGUGAGUCUGUUUUGAGAAAGAUUAUUAUAAUCGCCAACUUAUUACAGAUUUGGGUGCCUUGGGCCAGUGCAAACAUUCAGAACAUUAUCCAUAUUAGCUGGUUUUAUUUUAAAGAGAAAUUAAUCAUUAGUGUUAAUAGCAUAAUGUAAAUAUACAAAAAGCAAUUAAAAGCAAAUAGUUAAGACCUGACGUUUGGUUAGGCUUUUUUGCACUCUAUCAGGAAUGCUAUCUGUACAUUAACAGCAUGAU